AUGCCAAACCAGGCAACCUCCCAACAACCUCCCAAAACAGUCAACCUCCCAACCAGCAAACCUCCCAACAACCUCCCAACCAGCAACCUCCCAACCACCUCCCAACUAGCAACUUCCCAACAACCUCCCAACCACCUCCCAAACAGGCAACUUCCCAACAACCUCCCAAACAGUCAACCUCCCAACCAGCAUUCUCCCAACAACCUCCCAAACAGCAACUCUCCCAAACAACCUCCCCAAACCAGUCAACCUCCCAACCAGCAACCUCCCAACAACCUCCCCAAACCACCUCCCAACCAGGCAACUUCCCAACAACUCCCAACCACCUCCCAUACAGCAAACUCCCACAACCUCCCAACAGUCAACUCCCCAAAACCCACAGCAACCUCCCAAACAACCUCCCAACUAGCAACCUCCCAACAACCUCCAAAACAGGCAGCCUCAAACAACCUCCCAAACAGUCAACCUCCCAACCAGCAAUCCUCCCAACAACCUCCCAAACAGCACAACUUCCAACAACCUCCCAAACCAGGUCAACCUCCCCAACCAAGCCAUCCUCCCACCCAGCCAAGCCUCCCAAAACCCCCAACAACCUCCCAACCAGGCAACCCCCCAACCAGCAACCUCUUAACAAUCUCCCAACCAGUCAACCUCCCAACCAGUCAACCUCCCAAUCAGUCAACCUCCCCAACCCAGUCAAUCUCCCAACCAGCCAACCUCCCAACCACCUACCGCAACCAGGCACAAUCUCCCAACCAGCAACCUCCCACCAUCAACCUCCCAACCAGCAACCUCUCCAACCACGCAAUUCUACCCACUCCCAACCAGGCAAAUACACCUCCCACAGCAAAACAACCAUAA